AUGGUUCACAAAGUGCUCUUCUGGAGCGGCUUCGGCAUUGCCGUCCGCCUCUGGCAACUCGGUAUCGAGAUGCGUCCGAUCCUCGCCAAGGAAUCCCUCUGGGUCUACCCUCUUUUUGCUGGCGUUGGUGGAAGCUUUGGCUACUGGCUCCAGGGUGUUGAGAGCAGACAAUUGAAGAUGCUUGCACAGCGCCGCGAGGCCAUUCUCGAGAAGCGUCGGCGGCGGGAUGAGAAACCUGAGGGUGGUGUCUUGGCUGCUGCAUCAUAA